AUGUUUCGACCUCGACAUGCUCCAACCACGACCUUGACCCGACUUUUCGUGCGUCUCUUUUCGGAUCGUGGUAAUCGCAAAUCUGCUACCAGGCCAACACUAUUUCACAGAGCUUUGCAGGGGAAAUUCGCAGUAUCUUCUGUCCAAGAUGCACAAGUGUUUUUGUCAACAACCUUGAACCAAAAGGACAAUCCAAUUGCUGUCGUCGAGGAGAUCCUGGCUAGUCGGAAUGGUCUCAGCUGUCUCAACCGUGCAUUCAACAUCGAUGCUGCUCCGGAGUACAUUGAUGAAGUUCUACAACCUGUGAUUACUUGGCUCCAAUACCCAGCUCUCCAGUCUGCAAGUAGUGGUUUCUAUCUAAGAAGUACUUUGCAGUCUAUAGUCGACCCACCAGGAUCCAAGUUCUGGAAAAACUACCAUUCUCAUGUCAAGUAUGAACUCGUUGACCAGAAAUCCACGCAAUGCUUUGCGUGGUUCCUUCUGCAGUUACUCACCAACACACGCAAUGUCAGGCCUCUUGAUCUGAUGAUUGCCAAAGAUCCUCUGGUGCAGAGUAUCCUGGCAGACUCAACCUACGGCAAUACUCGCGAUCUCGGCGGGAGAAUUCAGCGAGUUUAUGCUCUGCAUCAGGCUGCGAAGGCUCGAACAGACCGACACACCUUUCAGCCACGGCAUGACAACGAUUUCCAAAACUUCCAGGACAUUGGUAUCUUUCCUACUUUGCAGGAAGUGAUGUCAGACGACAAGCCUCGUAUUUGGAAGGCUGCAGAGGUAUUCGAAGAACCUGAUCCUACCAGAAGGCUGUACAUCUACCUGGCGAAUCUGUUUCGACUCUAUAGACAAGACUGGCUGGAGGAGAUUAGAGAAAAAGUACGAAUCGCUCUCGGGAAAGAGACAGAGGUUGCUCACACCAUAAAAACACUCAAAGUAAAGAUGACUGGAGUAUCAUGCCGCGAUGCAUCUAGAAAAAAUGGGCAACAUCCUUGGUCAUUAAAAUUAGAAUGCUUGGAGGCUCUCCCCGAGUUCAAGGAUCUGAAUCCAGAGCAGUGCAAAGCUUUCAUCAAAGAUGACAUCGAGUUCAUGCCAGACGGAGCUCUAGGCCUCGUUAUUGCAGAUGGCGAACCGGUGGCCAUCAUCAAAAUCCUGCGUGACGAAGCAUUACUCGCCAAAUCCGUCAUCUGUAUUAGCUUCCAUCAUCGGGGAACUAUCCCGCAAGCAAUGCUUAGGAUGAUCAAUGCAACAAAUCUGGACCUUGUACCUCUCAACACUGCUGGGUAUGCCUAUGAGCCUGUCCUUGGCAGGCUGCAGGAGACCACUGAGAUCCCUUUUGAGCGCGAACUGCUGUUCUGGGACGAUUCGCAGAUGCUGGAAGAGUCUGAGGCCUACAAGAUCGAAGGAGUUAAGAAGAUUGUAAAACAGCUUGAGGAGACUCCGGAACUCGACUUACAAGAUACCUUGGAAUUGAACAGUUCAGUUGUCCUGGAUCCCUCGCAGGCAGCGUCGUUGGUAGUUGCUUUGAAACAAAAGUUGAGUCUCGUCCAGGGGCCGCCUGGUACUGGAAAAUCGUUCAUUGGAGCUCUUGCAGUCAAGGUCUCGCUUGAUAACACAAACGAAAAGCAUCUUAUCAUCUGUCAUACAAACCAAGCUCUAGACCAGUUCAUUCAAGACAUUCGAAAGGUCGGUGUGAAGGAUUCUGACAUCGUCAGGCUGGGUGGGAUAGAAAGGACAGAUCCUGCUAACCACUCUCUGCUGCUCUCUUCCUUGAAAGUUGACAGCGCCUUACGCUCCAGUCGGGACACAAGGUCAUUCGUCAAGGACAUUGAGCGUCAGGUCUUAGAUGAAGCUCAUCGACUUGAAGAUCUAUAUCGUGAGUUGACCUCGCUGAACGCACUUCGCAAUCAUCUGGAUGGCCUUGCCAUGAGGGGAGAUCCAAGAUACAGCCAGGCUUUCGAUAUUAGCCUUGAACGCAACGGAACCACACGUAUCACAACAAACGGUACAGUAGCCAACAGACACUAUCUGCUCCAACGCUGGAUCGAGGGCGAAGAUCCGGGCGUUUUCCCGGAAAAGAAGAAAUACGAUGUCUGGAACCUCUCUUUACAGCAAAGGAAAGAGCUAUCGACCAGCUGGUGUGCCGAGAUUAGCAAGACUGUACUGUCGGCUUUCCUGAAGACAGCGGAACACCAUGACGACCUCUUGAGCCAGGCUCGCAAUGCAAAUGGGCAAGUCACUGAACAGAUUAUUCGGAGCAAGAGGAUCAUCGCCUGUACGACUUCCGGAGCAGCUAAGUACCCACAAGUGCUAGCCGAAGCUCCAGGUGUCAUUGUCGUUGAAGAAGCCGGACAAGUUCUAGAGAGCCACAUUGUGACUGCACUCAAUCCCACCGCAAAACAGCUUAUCAUGAUCGGCGACCACAAACAACUACGUCCAUUUGUCAACUACGACUUGAGUGUUGAGAAAGGUGAUGGCUACGAUCUCAAUCGCUCUAUGUUUGAACGGCUGGUAUUGAAGGGCUAUCCCCACCAAGUCCUCGCCCAGCAACAUCGCAUGAGACCUGAAAUCUCGAACCUACCCAGACAGCUAACGUAUCCUGAUCUCAUCGAUGCUCCCAAGACACUAAAUCGUCCAGACUUGCGUGGAUUCUCCAACAAUGUUAUUUUUGUCGACCACAACCAACCCGAAGACACGGCUUCUGAAGAUCCUGAGACGACCAACUUGAUUGCAUCUAAACGCAACACCUUCGAAGCCGAGAUGGCGUUCAGCACGGUCAAAUAUUUGCUGCAACAGAACUACCCUGCCAGCAGUAUUGUCGUUCUGACACCAUAUCUCGGACAAGUCAAAAUAACUCAAGAAGUUUUCAGCAGAGAGUUCGAUGCCGUCUUGAGUAACUCGGAUAUCCAGAGGAUGGAGCAGAAUGGAAUAAUCAAAGAUAGCUCGGAAAUCUCCACCAUUGGUAGGUAUCUCGCAACAUGUGUGGUAUCUACAGCUAACUCACACAUCAUAGACAACUAUCAAGGCCAAGAAAGCGAUAUUGUGGUCGCCUCUUUGACCAGAAGCAACCCAGAAGGCGACAUAGGUUUCCUCAACAGCCCUGAACGCCUCAAUGUUCUACUAUCACGCGCGCGCAACGCGUUGAUCAUCAUCGGCAACUCCUCGACCUUCAAGGCUGCGCAUACAGGCCGGGAAACAUGGACGAAACUUUUCGAACUGCUAGAAGCUGGUGGACAUAUGUACCAAGGCGUUCCCGUAAAAUGCGAGAACCACCCACAGAAUACAGCACUGCUACAAACACCAGCGGACUUUGCGGAGAGCUGUCCAAAUGGUGGGUGUUUGGAGCCUUGUGGUGUCAAGUUGAGGUGCGGAGUUCAUGAGUGUGAUUCGCUGUGUCAUCACCUCGGUGAUCAUUCGAUGGUCUUGUGCCAUGCCACCAUCGAGGAGAUGUGUAACAGAGGAAAGCAUGCUCAGAAGUUCAAAUGCCAUCAGAGGUUGGAGGUUAUCUCGAAGCCGUGCGAAGGCUGUCAGGCCGAAGACAAGUCCGAAAGGAAGAAGAAGGAGGCAGAGGAUGGAAGCGGUGGAGUCUCAAAAUAA